GUAAAUUUUGCCACCUCAGGGGUGAGAUGUGGUAAAGGUGGAAAGUCGACUCUUGGAAAAGGGCUUGAAAAUAUUGCUACUGCGGUGGAUCAAUAUCGAUAUAGAUCUGGUCGCUCAAAAACAGAAACAAUUAUAGGACAAAUAAGUGAUACACAAGAAGUUUUACGUUCUACACUUGUAGACAUUGCGAAUAGAGAAGAAAAACUAGAUGCUUUAAAGCUAAAUGCACCCUCUCCAGCAGAAAGUGGUCCACCUGGACCGAAUUCACCUCCUAAUGGCCCACCUCCUAAUGGCCCACCUGAACCGAAUUCACCUCCUAAUGGCCCACCUGUUCCCAAUUCAACAGAUAGUGCGGAUAGUGGCCCACCAGAUUCGUCUAUUACCGCCGACAGUGUCCCGAAUCCUACUGGUCCACCUGGACCACCGGGACCAGCCCGUUUGUCAGACAGCCCACAAGGUCCAACUCCUACAGCAGAAAAUGGCCCGCCUGAUUCGACUCCUGAAUCAGAAAACGGCCCACCUGGACCACCGGGUCCAUCUCCUACAGAAGACAGUGGCCCACCUGGACCACAGAAUCAGGGUCCUGAAUCAGACAAUGGUCCACCGAGUCCGAGUCCUACAUCAGAUAACGGUCCAGCUGGACCGCCAGAUGAUUCAUUUGGCCCAACUCCUACACGUCCACCACGGCAUAAUGGACCAUCCGAUCCGGCCGCAACAGAAGAAAGUGGCCCACCCGGUCCACCUGGUCCCCCGGAUUCAAGUCCUGCAGAAGAAAACGGCCCACCCGGGCCACCGGGUUCAAGUCCAACGGAAGAAAGUGGCCCACCUGGACCUCCGUCACGUCGCUAG